AUGGAAGAUGAAACGAAUGCAUACAUGGAAAUUGCUGCGACAAAAUCACUUUGCAGCAUAGAUGAUAUUCGACUGGUUCAACCAAUCGGACAAGGACAUUUUGGCAGAGUCUGGAAGGCUGAAUAUAACAAGCAUAACGACAAAACUUUAGCAGUUAAACUUUUGAAAGAAAAUGCCCCUGAAACCGAUCUUAAGGAUUUUACCCAAGAGAUAGACACCAUGCUAUCAUUAGAGCCACAUGAAAAUGUAGUAAAGGUGCUGGGUUUCUCAAAAUCAGGUCAGUUGAUCAAGAUUCCGGUUUUCAUUGCCCUUGAGUUUAUGGCCAAUGGGAGUCUGAAGACAUUCUUACGUAGCAGCCGCAGUGAUAAUAUCUACGGGAACCUGCACGGAGGAAGCAAUAGACUGACGUCCAGAGACCUCCUCACUUUUGCUGAACAUGUAGCCAGAGGAAUGUCACAUGUGGCGAAAUAUGGGUUCCUGCACCGUGAUUUGGCAGCUCGCAAUGUCCUCGUCAGUGAGUCCCGUGUAUGCAAAGUGGCAGAUUUUGGUCUCGCGAGAGAUGUGAUUGAGAGUCGGGAGUACCUGAGUAAAUUGCUAGUGCGUAAAAUGUUAAAAAUCCUCUCAUAA